GAGGAGGAGGGGGAGAAAUCUCCGCGUUGGCACCGUCUCCCGUUUGCCCCGAUUCCGCUUUGGGGCUUCUCCAACGCCGCCCGCGGGAGGGAGCUUGACCUGUGCCUAGGGAUGCUUUUUAAAGGGACCCUUGCCGUGAUUUUGCUUUGUGGGGUUUUCCCCACCGAAACCAGGGAAUCCCGUGGCCACAUCUCUGUGAUCCUGCUGGGCGCCACUGGGGAUUUGGCCAGAAAAUACCUAUGGCGAAGUUUGUUCCAGCUUUACGUGGACGAAGCGGCCCACGGGCACACGUUUACCUUCUAUGGGGCCGCUCAGAAGGCCCUUGAGCCAGGGCGGAAGCUGAUGUUUGAUCGCCUGAAAAAGCUGGCCUGCUCUCCCGAGGUGCCUCCCGACAGAUGUGCCGUGUUGAAAGACCAGUUCUUGAAGCUGACGGAGUACCACCAACUCCGAGGGGCAGAGGACUAUGCCAGCCUUAGCCAGGGGAUUAAGACCACCCUUGCCCAGGAAGACCUUGUGGAAACCGGCCGCAUCUUUUACCUCUCCGUGCCGCCCUUUGCGUAUGCUGAGAUCGCCCGACAUAUUAACAGCAGCUGCAGGCCACCAUCUGGAGCCUGGUUGCGGGUGGUGGUGGAGAAACCGUUUGGGCACGAUUUGCUGUCCGCCCAACAGCUGGCAGACGAGCUCGCGUUGGUCUUCCAUGAAGAGGAGCUGUACCGGGUGGACCACUACCUUGGAAAGCAGGCGGUGGCUCACAUUUUGCCCUUCCGGGUCCAAAACCGACGGCAUUUGGACCCUCUUUGGAACCGGCAUCACGUGGACCGCGUGGAAAUUGUUUUGAAGGAGACGGUGGAUGCCAAAGACCACGUGGAGUUUUACAAAAAGUACGGGGUCCUCCGUGACAUCCACCAGAACCAUCUCACGGAGAUACUGAUGUCUCUCGCGAUGGAACUGCCGGCCAACGUCACCAGCUCGGAAGACGUCCUCCGGAGCAAACUUGGCACAUUCGCCUGCUUGCGCAGCCUGGAGAAAACCAGCGCCGUGAUUGGCCAGUACGAAGCGUACAGCACCCACGUGAGGGAGGAGCUUCAGAAGGGGCAGGACUACUUCACCAGGACACCAACUUUUGCAGGUGUUCUGGUUCAUUUGGACAACCUGCGCUGGGAAGGCGUACCUUUCGUCCUCAUGUCCGGCAAAGCCCUGGACGAACGGGUCAGCUACGCCCGCAUCGUCUUCAAAAACCAGGCGCACUGUGUCCAGGCCGAGAGCGCCUGGGACCCCGAACACAGCCAGUGCAAGCCAAAACAGAUCAUCUUCAACAUUGGCCACGGAGAGCUGAAUUCGCCCGCUGUCCUGGUCAGCCGCAACCUGUUCAAGCCAGCCAUGCCACGCGGCGCCUGGAAAGAGGUCUUGGAUCGCCCGCAGCUGCACCUUUGGGGGCAGAGUCUCUCCGAUUUCCACGUCUACGUCCCCGUAGCCGAGCGGGACUCCUAUUCGUUCCUGCUCUCUGCAAUCUAUCACGGAAAAAAGGAAUCCUUCAUCACCACGGAGAAUCUGCUGGCCUCGUGGGCUUUUUGGUCCCCGUUGCUGGAUCAGCUGAGCCACGAGCCGCCCCGGCUGUAUCCCGGUGGCCGAGAAAACGGGCACCUCCUGGAUUUCGAGAUGGUGGGCAGGGAAGCGGCUUUCAUAGCAAGGGAGACCCUUGAGGUGAUUGAGGCCGAGGAUAAGCACAGCGCGGACAGAUUCAAGACCCUGCUCUCCACGUUCCGAGAGAGCCGGCUGGUCACCGCCUGGGCGGAUGAACUCAUUGGCCGUCUGGCGUCCGACAUAGAGGCCGCGGCGGUGAGUGCCGUCAGGAGGAGGGGGGAAUUCCACUUGGCACUUUCGGGCGGGUCGAGCCCCUUGGCUUUGUUCAGGCAACUCAGCGGGCAUCACUACGGCUUCCCCUGGUGGCAGACCCACGUAUGGCUGGUGGACGAGCGCUGUGUCCCACUCGCCGACCCAGAAUCGAAUUUCGGCCACCUGCACCAGCACCUGCUCCAGCAUAUCCGGAUUCCUUAUUUCAACAUCCACCCGAUGCCGGUGCACCUCAACCGGAGGCUUUGUGUGGAGGACGACCGAGGCCUGGAGCAGUACGCCAAUGAGAUCGGAGCCUUGGUGGCCAACUCCAGCUUCGAUCUGGUGGUCUUGGGAAUGGGCAUUGACGGGCAUACGGCCUCUCUCUUCCCGCACUCGGUGGGCCUCGAGGGGGACCGGGCCGUGGUGUUUACCGAGAGCCCCGUGAAACCUCACCAGCGCAUGAGCCUCACCUUGCCGCUCAUCAACAAAGCCAAGCAGGUGUCAGUGUUAGUCAUGGGGAGAAGCAAACACGAGAUUGUGACUAUUGUCAGCCGGGCAGGGAACGAACCCCAGAAAUGGCCGGUAUCGGGCGUGAAGCCCAUAAAUGGCCAGAUAUCCUGGUAUGUCGACUAUGAAGCCUUAUUAGGGUGACCUUUCCAAAGUUCAGCGACAAUUCCCAAUGGUAAUCCUUCAGCGUGUGGUGUGUGUGAAGAUUGGCUGGGGGAUUAUGGAGAAAAGUGCCAUUUUCUUUCUUAUUGGACCCCCACAAACUGGGCUGUUCUUCUUCUAAUUAAAUCGUCUAAUCACAACCAGCCAGGUUUUCUCACCACCCAGGAAGUAGCCUAAUUCCUUGCUUGUCGGGACCUGUGAUUUGGGGAUCCCCUGCCUUUGUAGGCUUCAUUUCAGACCUUGAUGGCCCGCUCUUCCCUUGUUAAUUUAUCUAAUUCUUGUUAAUCGAGCCGAGAUGGCAUUCAUUACUCAGCUUGUGGCGCUGAGUUCCACUGGCUAAGAUUCAGAUCUGGAAGCCUGCAAGUGAGGAAUUGGAGAUGUAGGAAAUAUUUUCCAGUUCUUUCUACUGUCCUGGUCAAGUUGUAACUUGGCUGUGUGCCUCGGUUCCCCUCUCUGGGGAACUUAUAAAGCAACCUACCUCACAGACCUACCCACAGUUUAAUCCCAGGUAAAAAUAUAUAUAUUCUGCACUGCAAAGAGGUCUAUUGCCAACAAUACAGUUUCAGAAUAAAACUAGGCAAACUGAGCAGGUAUUUUGAUGUUCAGCUAAGGACCAACCUCAGGUUUGUGGGAUCUUGCCACGCAUUUCUCCUUUUGAGAAUGGAAAAAUGCAGCUUGUUUUUGGCCUGUGUGGAAGUUUUGCUGAGUUCACAAGAUCACACCCCUGCCCAGACAGAGAUGGGUUUUACAAACUGCUGGUGUCCCUCUGAUUUAAGUCAACGUAAUUCUGCCCUAGAUUUUUUAUUUUACUUUAUUUUAUAUUUAAAAUUUAGUCGCCGCCCUUCUCACUCAAAGUGCGACGAAGAUCAGAGAGUUAGCCUGCUAUGUGGUUUUUCUUUGGUGUCAAAAGCAGUUCCUAAAACGCUCUUGGGGCAAGUGGAAAAACAGAGAAAUUUGAUUCUACCACCAGGUGGUGCCAUUUCCUAAUUCUCCAUCAGAAUUUCGGUGGGAAUAGCAUCUUCCCAGCCAAAAAAUGCGACCCUGGGGGUGAUGCCUGGAGGGCACCAACUUACAAAAGGCUACCCUAGCAUAAAAAACCCUAGGGGUCAAACCACAAACUGCUUUUUCUGAAUUUAAAACCAGAGAUGACUAUGCUUGGUUGGAAAGAACGUCAACUCACACAGAGACACGCCUUGCGAGCAUCUAGAGCAAGUUCUUGCAGCGUGGAGUAUCAGUCGGUCAGCCUGUUUGGAAAUUAUUGCAAUAAGAGGAAUGUGCCUUAAAAAGCUAUCCCCUGCCGUGGUGUUUUUCAAAGUUGGCAACUUUAAGGUGUGUGGACUUCAACUCCCAGCAUUCCCCAGCCAGCAUGGGGAAUGCUGGGAGUUGAAGUCCACACAUCGUAAAGUUGGCAAGUUUUAAAAACACUGGUUUGAACAGAUGUUUUCCACCUGCGGUUUUGAAUACUACUGAUGUUUUUAAACUAAAUCUCCCUGUUUGUCCAAAAGAAUCAAUGUUCAGUAUUUCUAUGCCUCGAAUAAGUUUUAAAACUUCGUAAAAGGAAAUGUCAUCAUUGUAAUAAAUUGUUUGCUCUU